AAUUACCCCCGGUUCCCUGCACUCACCCGCGCCUUUCCUGCUGCAGGUGCCUGAGGCAAUCACCGACUUUCGGCUUAGCAUCGGGCCAAAAAAAAGUUGAUAUCAUCCCGUCUUGCAAUGGCAUCGAAGGGCAAAGAAUUUGCGGGAGAGUUCCACUUGGACGUUGAUGCUUUUUCCGCAUCCCCGGGCCAAUUUAACCCCCUAAAAUCUACGACGUACUGCUUCAGAUGAAUCGACAAGCUUCACAAUGAAUGCAAGCAUUCUUACCAAGGCAGCGGCACCUGGCCGUCUGCUGUCCAGCCGUAUUUCCAGGCAAUCCAAGCUCAAGGAUUCGGUCUGCAAACGCGCCCAAAUCCACACCGUCACUUGUACCGUUAGACCCACGAAGCCUCUAGCUUCCCGGGUGACAUCUCAAGCUCCCUCAUCCAAACGUGCAUUCCAUGCGACAUCCACCAACCUCGCACCGAGCGACCCCUACAAGACCCUAGGUGUUGACAAAUCAGCAUCUGCGGGCGACAUCAAGAAGGCAUACUACGGCCUGGCGAAGAAAUACCAUCCCGACACCAACAAAGAUGCCGGAGCGAAGGAGAAGUUUGGCGAGAUCCAGAGCGCAUACGAAAUCCUGUCCGACCCCAAGAAGAAGCAGCAAUUCGACCAGUACGGCGCUGCCGGCUUCGACCCCAGCGGCGGCGGCGGCGACCCGUUCGGAGGCGCUGGAAACCCGUUCGGCGGCGGAUUCGGAGGACAGGGCGGCUUCGGCGGCGCGGGCGGCUUCAACUUUGACGACAUCUUCUCCGCGUUCACGGGCGGCCAAGGGUUUGGACGCCGCGGCGGCGGCGGGGGAGGCGGACGGAACCCCUUCCAGCAGGAGAUCCUGGUGGGCGACAACAUUGAGGUGCAGUCGAGCAUAUCCUUCAUGGAGGCGGCCAAGGGCACGAGCAAGACCAUCACGGUGACGCCCCUGACGGAGUGCGGGACGUGUACGGGCAGCGGACUCAAGCAGGGCACCAAGCGGUCGGCGUGCAAGUCGUGCAACGGGACGGGCACGCGGGUGCACUUCAUGAACGGCGGGUUCCAGAUGGCGUCGACGUGCGGCAGCUGCGGCGGCACGGGCACGACGAUCCCCCGCGGGUCGGAGUGCAGGUCGUGCGCCGGCAACGGCGUCGUGCGGGAGCGCAAGACCAUCACGGUCGACAUCCCCGCGGGCAUCGAGGACGGGAUGCGUCUGCGCGUCGACGGCGCGGGCGACGCGCCCGUGACGGGCAAGAACGCCGAGGCGGGCAUGCGGACGCAAAAGGGCGACCUCUACGUCUUUGUGCGCGUCGCGACGGAUCCCAAGUUCCGCCGCGCCGGGUCGGAUAUCCUGUACACGGCCAGCAUCCCCAUCACGACGGCGAUGCUCGGCGGCGAGGUCACGGUGCCGACGCUCGACGGGCAGGUCAACGUCAAGGUGGCGACGGGCACCAACACGGGCGACAAGCUGACGCUGUCCGGAAUGGGCAUGAAGAAGCUCAACGGCAGGCGGGGCGGCUCCGGCGACCUCAAGGUGGAGUUCCGGGUGAACAUGCCAAAGUACCUGAGCGCGAACCAGCGCACGCUGGUGGAGAUGCUGGCGAACGAGAUGGGAGACAAGACGGCGCGGAAGAUUAUGAACGUCACUCCCCAGGGAACCCAACCAGCAUCCCCUGAUGACUCCGAGACUCACAAGAACGAGGGCUUCCUCAAAUCCAUGUGGCACACCCUGACGAACCACCCGGCCCACCAGAAGCCCGGUGAAGACGGUGCGGCACCAACGGAUAAGAAGACGGACGAGAAGAAGGACGAGUCCAAGAAGGACUCUUGAGCUCUCGGUGGUUCAUCUCGAGCUAGAGGGUGUCUUUACUGUCCUCCGUCCUUGUACCAUAUCUCGGGCCUCCUUGCGCGGGCCUUGGCGGGUGUAGACGCGAACUUAUAGAAGAGCGGAAAAGUGUUGGAGGAUCUUGCAUGGCAGGUGUUAAAACAAGGUUUUUAUCUCUGGGUUUCUGGCUUCUUUGUGCUCCCCGACCUUCAGAAGGGGUGAAGGAGAUUGCCAGCCCAUUUCGUUUGGUUUAUGGAGGAAGCCUCAUUGCUUUACUCGAUUGUAUUAUUCACAUGACUAAGAAAAAAGUGUACACUGUAGUAUAGACCAUAGGAGAGAGAGAAGAGAUGGGAGGAGGGGAGAAGAGGGGAGGAAAGAAGGGAUAAGCCAGCUCCCCGCGGAGGCCACUCACCUCAGAUUAUUUACAAAGGACCACACCCAAUCAAUGAAGACAAUAUUUAACAACUUUUGUCUCGACUAUGUUCGCUGGCGUGAAUUGCGGCCGGAGAAAUGGGGAAUCCGAGAAGGUCGCCAUGUCGUGACGCGGGGCGCUUAGAGAUCUAGACGAUGAGACGCAUGGGAUUCAUGUGAGCGCCGCGAUGCCCACCUAACAUUCAGGGUCUGGCUGGUUGGUUUCGGCCGCAGAAACGGCAUUUUGCCGCGCACCAGGAGACUGAAAGCAACGGGUGGCUGUUGAGGGAGAAAUGCCACAAAGGAAUGGAAAGACGGGGAUCCUUGCAAGGAGCGGGCCGUUCGGGCCUGGCACCUGGUCCUGGCUCGGGUCCCUGAAAGUGGGGCCACCAAGCGCCGGCCGCCGGCGACCAAUGGGAGGCCCGGCUGGAGGGGUAGCUAGAGGUCCGGAUAUUGGGUGGCCCGUCACCUGCAUGAAGGUCGGAGCCAAUGUGGUUGCGGAAGCGUGGGUUGUCGAAGUUUGGGUGAAGUUUGCUUGUGGGUGUUAGUGGGAUUGCGGAUGGACUCUCCUGAUAUUGAAGGGGCAUCGCAUUGUUGAUGGUUAAGUUGCUUUCUCUUCCGUCGAGCAUCUGUAGCGCAUUUGCAGGUUCUUGCUCGGUUGAGGUAAAGAAGUGUGGGUGAAUUCGUUCCGCCCACUUGUAAUGGUCAAGUCAUCUCUGUCGGUAAAGAAGAGAAUUGCUGACAUGCAGCAGGGUCGGAACGUACAUGUAAGCAACGAUGGGACCGUGAUGAGCGGAGGGUGCGGUCUGGCCAAGGUGGAACUGAACGGAACCACAUGGAUAUCACGAGACAGCCAUGCCAAAGCUAGCUGGGUCGAGCUGUUUCUCGGAGCAGACUAUGGGGGGUGGAGUGAGGCCGCAUGCGAGAGACGGAGAAGAGUUGCAUUGGGCAACGUCUCACUGUGAUCCCGCCAGAGAUGAGGGAUAGGCCACCUGGGCAUGUCGACGCGAUAGGCGAGGUAACCUGAUCAACGGUGAGGUGAUUGGGACCCGGACCACAAGUAGAUUUGAGGUCUCAUCGUGUUGAUGUUACUUUGUGAUACUGGCACCGGAGAGUCGGGAUAGGCGCGUUUAGCUAGAUGUAGAUAGAUGCCCGAUCGAGGGUCGGUUGAGGGCGCCUGGCUACGGCUGAAUUGUCUGGUGGACUGACGGAUCAUGGGGAGCUGCCACUAUUCGCCCUGCAUAGG